AUGGCUGAUUUUACUUCUCCUCAGUAUUGCUUAGAACAAAUAAAAGCAGCAACUAAUUUAACACAAGAUAAUGCAUCUUCGGCCACAGAAAAUAUUGUCUUUUUACUUGAAUAUUGCCCAAUUGAUACAUUAACUAACUUAGCUUCAUUUUUACUUUCAGAUAACGAGGAGAUUGCAACCAAUGCAAUCGCCCAUGCAUCAUGCAUCUACAUGUGCCAGAUUAUUGGCGAUCCAAGAAAAUCAAAAGCUCAAGAAUUUUGGAAGCAGCUUUCUGAUCAGACAAAAGCCCAGUUAAUAUCAGCAGCUCAGCGUAGCCUACUCUUUACGAACAGUGUUGGCCUCCAAGGAGCUUGUUUAUUAGCGAAAAUUUUCAAUUAUGAGCCAGUCCAAACGAACCUUGCAGAAUACAUCAAGUACAUCCUUACAGACAAGAACUUCACGGAAGAGCAUAAGAAGUCAGUUUACGCUUUAAUUCUUGAGUUAUCUUAUCCAUCAAAUGUAACACGAACAGAUGAGAAAUCAGCGUUAAUAGAGAGGAUCCUAUUAGACACAGAAGAAUUUUUCAUGCAGAAUUUCGCGGAAAUGCUAAAUUACGAUCAAUCCUACCAAGUUGCUUUCCUCCAGAUGUUCAAUGCAUACAUAGCCAUGAUCAGACCAGAAAACAUCGCCGGAGUUUACAAGCCAAUCUACGAUAUCGCUGAAGCACAAUUAUUCCCGAAUAUACAAGACGACGUUGUCUUUCUUGAGCUCUACAGGUUACUUUAUUCGAUGCUGAUCAACAUCUACGAAGAAGAUAACUUCGACGAGCUUCUAGAAAAAGAAAGAUUUAUUAUGUGCGGAGUGAAUGGUCUUUCAUGCAAUCCACCACUUCUUACACAAGUCCUUACCUUCUGGCUCUACGUUUUCAAGUUCGAACGCGACAUUUUGAAGCAAAACAGAGAAAUUUUGAAAUUUAGAAAUUUUUAUUCGGAACUGAUCAAAAACAAGGAGCCAAAUUUCCUCAAAUUACCAGAACCACGCAGAUUCCACAAUAUUACUGAUGCAGCCGCCAAUGAAAUAAUUGAUAUUUUAUUUAAUCUCAUAGUUCCUGAUCCAAACGCCACAGAUCCAGAGGACAGGAAUGAUCCAGACAUCCACAUGUGGUGUUGUGAGAUUUUGUCCGUUCUUGCCGAUACUUAUCCACCAUGUUUAGAAAAAGUUAAAGAUUUUUGCAUCCAAAACUUAGAUGAUGAGAAAUGGGAAGUUCAACACGCCGUUGCCGUUCUUCCUUUUGUUUAUUGCCAAGAUGAUGUUGUAGACAAGUCAUCUGCCUACAGAGCUUUCAUAUUAUCAAUGAUUCCUAAGUUGAUUGAACAUCUACAAAGCGAAGAAACUCCAAUCAGAUUAGUUGAAACAGCAAUUUAUACUUUGACAUGUAUUACAAAGUAUUUUGCUAUUUUUUCAUAUGGACAAACAACAAAUAUGGAAUCAUUGAUGCAAGGAUUUAUGAUACAAUACAACAGACAUCCACAAAUAGCAAUAAGAAUCAUGGGAUUUGUAAAUGAAACAAUGAAAUUCCCUCCGAAAAUUGAUGAAAAUUCAAAAUUUGACAAUUUCAUUAUUGCUCUUCAUGAAGCUAUUAAAGAGGCAUAUCCACAGCUGCAAGGUGUUAUUCGUGUUAACUACAAGAUGUUGUAUCUUUACAUGGUGAAGAUUUCAAAGUGGGAUAAUGAUUACGAGAAAUUGAAAUCAAUGAUUGAAACGAUUUUUUCGAAUUUGCAACAGUUGUCAAUUGCCGCAUUUGAUGGCUCUAUGGAAAUGUCAUUGAGACAUACGAAUACUCAAUGUAAUUUAUGGUUGUUGACUUCUCUUUUCAGGAGAUAUAAAGAUCAGCUUCGUGAAAUUUCUUCUCCUGCAGCCGCAAAGUUAUUUGAAAUGUUGAAAUCUUCUGAAGAUAUGCAAGAAGAAAUUUUGGAAUGUUUGUUUACGAUUAUCAACGCAUUGCCGCAAGAAGAUAAUGAAACACAGGAUAGAAUUAUUGAGUAUAUUCCUAUUGCUAUUGGUUCGAAUUCACCAAGAUUGGCUGUGAUGUCUUUAACAGCACUUUCUUAUUUGUUGAAGAAUUUGGGUGAAAGAGGAAGUUUGAUUUUCGAUGCUUCUUUGAAUGAAAUCUUUUCUUUGCUUGAUAAUGUUUCUUUCCCUGUUUUCUUUAAAUCUGAAUUGUUGGCCGCUCUUGCAAGAGUUCUCGAUGUCUACAAGGAGAAAAUAAGUAUUCCUGACAUGGAACAACUGUUUUCUAAGUUGUAUUCUUAUAUCUCAAUCGAUUGGGGUGAAUACUUGGAAAACCAGGAAUUGCUGAUGAAUGAAAUGUAUGAUUCAAUUUACAAGUGCUACACAGCAUUGAUUUCUACUGAUCACGUUAGAGAAUUGUAUAUGGAUAAACCUUCAUUGAGAAAGUUCUUCAAACGAUUGGUAAUGCCACUGAGAGCUUACGCAGGUCAGGUAAAUGACAUGAGUUUGGAAACAAUUGAAUCAAUCGCACAAUUCCUUGACAAAAUGAGACAAAUGUUUAAUAGACAGGCAAAUAUUUACUUGAACUAUUUCUCUAACUAUUUCAUCAUUAUUUGGGGAAUGGUGCAGACACAGAACCUUCAGACUUCUAAGUACGAAAGUUUGAAGAAUAUUCUCAGGUUGUUAAUCCAAUCUUAA